UGUGACAUUGAGAUACUUGGCGACUGGUGACUCUUUUACAAGUGUACAGUAUCUAUUCCGUAUAUCCAAGCAAAGUAUUAGCUCUACUGUUGCAGACAUAUGUGGAGCCAUCACUGAUGGAUUGAAAGACCACAAAGGUAUGUAUCAGUUGUUUUUAUUGUGUCAUUUAUUAUCCAUACAUGUUGUUUACACAAAAGAUUCAAAUCAUGUCAAACCAGUUCGGUAAUAUCCCACUCGGAGUACAUGUCACUUUGUGUGUUGGUCGUAGGGGACAGACUGUCACGUAGGGAUUGAUUCACGUGUGGUGAUGCGAGCAAAUUCACCAUUUUUUACUUGAAGUCGGAACCAGUCGCAUGCAUAACAACACCAAUUUCAGCCCAUGCAUCGUCUUUCAGGUGUUUCUUAUAAUAAUUUCUAUCUUUUGGGUCCCAAAGUAACGGUUUGUUCCUGUAGAUUUCAAUUAAAUUUAGGCAUUUCUCAUCGUCCCACUCCUUAGCGAUUCACAACGCUACUCCUGGCUCGGAGGAAACAUACACAUUACGAGCAAGCGAGUGUAGCGUCCACGAGCCUACUCCGAGGUAAGCGAGCGUGGAUCGGAAGGCGUCCCCACUAACAGAAUGUGGUUACAGUAACCGUUACGUUACAUGCAACAGCUCGCUAGUGUGUACCCGGCCUAAGGUAACAAGUGCAAAUGACAUAAUCUACAUAUUUACACUGUCAUCUAGUGAAACAUCCUGCAGCUUAAAUAACACUGCAAAAGGAUAAAUAUAUAUAAUGGUGUAGGAUUUGAGGUUCUUGCAGCUAUGGUUAUGAAGCGUUCCAUCUUCUGGGUUAUGAUUCCGUGUAGUCUGCCAGAAGUUUAUGUCUGCUUUCCUUCUUGGCUUACUGUUCGACCCUGAAGAUGGAGGCGACAAGUUCCUCCGAAACGUCGGCUGACUUCCAACGAACUACGGCGAUGUAUUCCACAAGACAGAACUCUUCACAAUAUAUUUACUUUCAACAUUAAAUCUGCACAGAGAUGUACUAAAAUAUGCGUGAAGGAAUUCCAUAAAUCCAACACUCACUACCCUCACUACGAUUUAAAAACGUCCGUUAGGUCUGCGUGGAACGGACCAGUGGUAAAGCUGGCUCAGUCGAAUACGUCGAACACGCACGCGAAGCGCUGCCUGUGGUAUAUCUCGGUACGCAUGGUUCCUGCUGAGCUGCUGAGUUUUAUGGUUUUAUUUUAAGCUUCUGUACCGUUCUCAAUUUUCUGAACUGAGCGGAGAAAUGAAGAAAUGACCGUGCGCGUCGUCCGGCAGUGGUUCCCCGUGGUUGCUAGGUGACAUGUAAAUAAAUGAUGAUCGUGUGUUGGCUUAAGUUAUGGAGAAACCGCAAGUAAUAACUUAUGCAGAAAAAUCCACAUCGUUAUCACUAUUUGAUUGUCGCUGGAUACCAUGUUCAGCAAAGUUUGUAGUUCUGGGCUCGAAACCUAGAGGAACUGGUGUUAUAAAUGUAUACGAAAUAAACGAAGGUGAUAUCCAACUCGUAAAAGAGGUAGAGAAAACAAAGGCUUUCAAAUGUGGCACUUAUGGUGCGUCCAGUUUGCAAGACCGAUACUUGGCCACAGGUGAUUUUGAAGGAAAGUUAAAUAUAUGGAAUCUGGAAGAUACAACAGCUCCUAUAUAUUCAGCAGCUGCCCACAAAGAGAUAAUCAAUAGUAUAGAUGGCAUUGGAGGUCAAAAUAUUGGAUGUGGAGCACCAGAAAUUGUAACUGGAAGCAGAGAUGGCAGUGUGAAAGUGUGGGACCCUCGUCAAAAGGGCAAACCUGUAGCUACCAUGGAACCAGCUGAGGGAGAUGCUAGGAGAGACUGCUGGGCAGUUGCAUUUGGUAAUUCUUAUAACUCUGAAGAAAGAAUUGUCUGUUCUGGCUAUGAUAAUGGUGAUAUAAAGAUGUUUGAUUUGAAAACAAUGUCCCUUAGGUGGGAAACAAAUGUGAAAAAUGGAGUGUGUGGAAUAGAAUUUGACAGGAGAGAUAUAUCCAUGAACAAGAUGGUAGCCACAACAUUAGAAUCAAAGUUUUAUGUCUUUGAUGUACGAACACAACAUCCAAAGAAAGGAUUUGCAUAUUUAACAGAAAAGGCACAUAAAUCGACCAUAUGGGUAGUUCGACAUUUACCACAAAAUCGGGAGAUAUUUGCUACAUGUGGUGGUGCUGGAACAUUGUGUCUCUGGAAAUACAAUUACCCUGCAAGACGAGUUAUGUGUGACACAGAUGGUAAUGAAAUGGGAGUUAUGGGGACAACCAGCUUGCUUCAGAAUGCAACUCUAUCCACACAGCCCAUCUCAAACCUCGACUGGAGUCCUGAUAAACAAGGAAUGGCUGUAUGCACUUCAUUUGAUCAGACUAUUCGAAUCAUUAUAGUCACAAAGCUCAACACCUUAUAACACUUUACGAUCACA